UGUUGAAACUGAAGUAGUUCUUAUCUGUGGUUGUGCAGAGUGGCAGUUCCUCUUUCACCAACUAUCUUUGAUGUGGACAAACACAUUUUUUCGCACGAAGAUCCAUUAAUCAUUCCCAGGGGGAAACGGCAAAGACUUUAAAAAACGCCACUUUAAAGGCUUUACGAUGGCCAACUUUGGAGGACACGCCAUUCCUGGUACCUUCUUCCUGUUUUAUGGCUUGUGGCUGACAGUGAAACACACUCUCCAACAAAACUGGAGGACGAGUCAGCCCAAGGGAAGACAGGCCAUGCCACCUUUAUUUAAAAAAAUGGACUACAUCGAAGGGGGAUCCAAAAUAUUUGCUUCAUUUGUGGGUAUUAUGGUGGAACAGUUUGUGGUGGAUGGGCCACACGCCCACCUGUACGACAGAGACAACAAAUCGUGGGUGAAGCUGAUGAACUGGCAGCACGGCACCAUGUAUCUGUUCUUUGGGAUCUCAGGGAUAGCAUUGGUCACCAGCACCAAAUCCAAACAGGUGCCACCUGGCGUUGACCGCCUUGCCCUCUCCAUUGCUCUUUUUGUAGAAGGUUUUCUGUUCUAUCACCAUGUGCAAAAUCGUCCCCUUCUGGACGCCCACAUCCACUCGCUGCUGCUCGUGGCUGUGUUUGCUGGAUCAGCGAGCACCAUGUUGGAGGUGUUCAUAAGAGACAACUUUGUUCUGGAGCUGCUCAGGGGGUGUCUGUUCAUCCUGCAGGGCUCGUGGUUCUUCCAGAUUGGAUUUGUUCUGUACCCUUUAAACGGAGAACAGUGGGACAUGACAAUGCACAACAACGCCAUGUUUGUCACAAUGUGCUUCUGCUGGCAUUUAGCUGUCGCCCUUCUUCUGGUCGCCUGCACAGUGUGUGUGGUUUCUUGCACAGUGAGGAGAUUGUCAGGAAAGGCACAGGAUAUAGAAAUCGGAAUGAGAAACACAUCCUCAAGUACAAUUUGCCAGAAAGCUUUGCUUGAAGAGUCUGAUGAAGAGUGAAGGCUGUGUUUUGGUUCUUCGAUUUUUUAUUUAAUUUUCUAUGUUUGUGGUUUGAGUGUAUCUCAAGCUACUAUUUGCACAAUGUCGUUAAGAUUUUUCUUUUGGUAAAAAUUAACAAAUGAAAAAACAAAAAUCUAUCAUAUGUUUUAUUUAACAACUGGUAAGAGAACUAAUGAUGUACAAACAAAAAACAAGUCAAACAAGUCAAAGUAAGUCCAACUCACUUCACACAUGCCAAUAUUGUAUUUCAUCACACAUUUAAUGAAAUGACAAACACAAGAUUCAAGUGACAGUCAUAAAGAAAUUGGAAAGUUGUGCCUUUGAAGGAGAUUUUGGUAAAAUAACCACAGAACAAGUUAUUUCCCAAGUUUGUCGACAAUUGAAAGGAAAAUGUAGAAUAUCGAAUCUUGACUUUUUAUGAUUGCCAUUGUAAACUGCCUGAUUUAGCCUAUUUAUGUUUUUAUUACUUUUCAGCUCUAGCAAAUACAAUUCAGGAGACGAAUAAUGAAAACUUCAGUCUGAACACAGAAAAGAAAGAUGUUUCUUGCUUUUUUUAGAGAUUGUCCAACUUGGAAAAUAAAGGCUUAUGACAUAC